CCUAAUUCUUAUCCACACAUGCACUUCGAGAGCACCACUACUCACAGUAACAGCUGUGUGUGAGUGAGAGAUACGCGCCGAUUCUGAGCGCGUUGGAUUAGGAAGAAUGUGAAAAAAUCUAGUAAUCCCCUCUUCAAACGGGGGCUUAAGAAGUCAUCCAUUGGCCAAUGGUUUUAUAGGAUGAUGCUGCUUCUGCUUCUAAGUGUGUUGUGUUUCAGAGUCUCUCAGUGUUUCUCUGAUCUCUGUUUCCUACUGAGUAGUUGAAAGCAAAGAAAGUGACCAUUUGUAUUGUCUGGUAUCUGAGUAACUGAUGCAUGUAUAUGCCACACAUAGGUUUCUAAGUUGUAGCGUUUAUAGACCAUUAUGAGAAGAGGUAGAGGGAAAGGGAGGAAGCAGAGUGCGUCUGCUCGGGAAGGCCGUGGAAGCGGUGAAGAAGAGAAGAUCCCUGCUUACAGGAGAAGAGGAAGGCCACAUAAGCCGAUGAGAGAUGAUUUUGAAGAGGAGGAGGAGGAGGAAGAAGAAGAGAUGGUAGAGAAGCUGGAACAAGAAGAAGAUAUUGAUGAUACAAAUGAAAGCUCAGUAACGAGCAAAAAACAAGAGAACGAGAGGAAGAGGAAGAUAUCUAAUGGAGACAAUGCGGAUUUAAAAGAAGAAGAGACCGAGUUAGAGUUAGGAUCCAAAUCAAGCAUGGAUGGUUCCACGAAAUCGAUAUCUACUGGGUUUAGACAGAAUGGAAGCAGGAGGAAAAGCAAGCCGAGAAGAGCUGCUGAAGCUGUUGUGGAAUGUAAUGGAGUUUGAAGAACUAAAAUGAAACAGGAUGAUGACAAGUUAACCUGAGGAGGCCUCUUCUUUUUGGCUUUUAUUACCUUUUUUUUGUUGCAUUUGAUAACUUUGGAUAUCUUUUGGUGUUUAUAUGAUUCAUGAAUCAUUGGCAUCAUCAAUCUGCAUACCCUUUUCUUGUGUCUCA